AUGAGUGAGAAGGAGAAGAUGGAAAAAGAAAAUACACACAGACAGAGCUCUAAGCUGGAAGAAAAGAACGAAGAAAGAGAAGUAACGAUGGAGAGAGAAGACGGCCGAGAGGAGACAGAAGAGACGAAUGCAUGCGAAGAAGAACACUUCCACCAUUCAAUCAGAGAACAAGCAGUUCUGAAGAGAUUGCAACAGGGUGAAAUUGUGGCCCAAAUUUGUGAUGCAGGAACACCAGGCAUAAGUGAUCCUGGUUUGGAAUUGGUUAAGUUAUGUGUGGAUGAAAAUAUUCCUGUUAUUCCUAUCCCUGGUCCUUCUGCUUUUGUUGCUACACUUUCUGCCUCAGGGUUGGCUACUGACGAGUUUACAUUUGUUGGAUUUCUGCCCAAACAUGUCGGAUCAAGGAAGGAAAGGUUGAUUGUAUCUGCAAAGGAAGUAGCAACACAUAUCCUCUAUGUUCCUCCUCAUAAGCUUCAUCAAUUUAUUGAAGAGGCUUCUUCUAUUUUCGGUGACUGUAGACAAUGUGCCAUAGCUCGAGAGAUGACAAAAAUACAUGAAGAGUUUUGGUAUGGAACUUUGGAAGAAGCUAAAGGAGCAUUCUUGACUUGCCAACCAAAAGGAGAAAUCACAUUCUUGAUUGAAGGAAAGGCAAAUUGUGUGGUGGAAGCUCCAUCUGAGUCUCCGCUUGAGAAGGAACUGAGAGAGUUGAUCUCUGGAGGGCAAUGUCUUUCUGCGGCAGUCAAGUUGGUUGCUGGAGGAUAUUUCAUGCGAAGAAAAGAUAUAUAUUCACUUGCACUAAGGAAAUUUGGGAAGCAAGUUGACAAGGAGAACUGA